UAGGAUGAACUGGGGGAGGAUGCUGUAUAUAAGCUCGGGGUGUUCAACCAGAGGAUCAUUCAGUUUCGAUCUGAAGAUAUUUACACCACAAACAUGUACGGCAUUGUAAUCUUCGCUUGCGCUUUGGCUGCAGCUUCUGCUGCACCAGGUCUCAUCGGAGCACCUCUAGCCCUAGCACCAGCUCCUCUAACUCUCUCUUCGCCAUUAUUGACCAAAACCAUCGUAUCAGGGCCGGCACCGAUCGCAAUUCAGUCUCCACUGGUGACCAGGACCAUCAUCUCAUCUCCCCCAGCUUUGGCCAUCGCACCCCAGCCUAUCCUGACCAAAUCCAUCAUCUCAGGCCCAGCUGUGGCUCCUCUGCCACUUGGUCUCGGCUUGUCCAAGACUGUCAUCGCCGGUCCAGCAAUCUCUGCCGGUCACUUGUGGUAAAAUUAGGUCUAUUAAUUUAUUUUUCUGAUUGCUAGUCUGAUGUAUACGAAAUGACGAUAUUAAAGGAGAUAUUUUACUAAAA